GCCAGUGGUGCGGUUUCGGAUUCCCAGGGAGCAGACGCAGCGUGCGUGUCAGUUUCGUUUUGUACGUCACAGGGGUGUGGAGUCUUUAGUACAAAAACCAAGUCCUGUGUAUGAAAGCACUGUCACCGGGCAGUUCUCGCAGUUCUUCGAAAGCAUGCCGCCUUCUCUAACCACCGCUGUUGGGAUUACAGUUGGGGCUGGUGGUUUCGUACUUUUGGCACCGGUUGCGCUCAGCAUGGCUGGUUUUACUGGUGCCGGUAUCGCAGCAGGUUCUACGGCAGCUGGCAUGAUGUCAUCAGCAGCCAUUGCUAAUAGUGGCGGUGUGGCUGCAGGAAGUUUGGUCGCUGUCCUCCAGUCUGCAGGUGCUGCUGGUUUGUCUGCAACAGCAACAGCUGGUGUGGCAUCUGUGGGUGGUGCUACAGGAGCUCUAGUAGGUGGAGCUGUUGAUUGGUUGAGGAAGAUGAGGAAAUGAGAAAUGUACUGGAGUCCAAAGAGCUUCUGUUUAUUAGCAGCAGCCUCUGUGUGGUUGAAGUAAUUGUCUGUAGCUUGAUUUUAAACAUUUCAUUACAUUUUAAAAAUUAGAAUGUAAGACCCGAAACAUUGCAGAUAUCCAAAAAUCUGUUAUUUUUGGCACUUCUGUAAUCAAAAUUAAAAUGUGGUCUAAUCAUAGAGGAUGGUAUGUGUGUUUAAAUUUAUGCUCUGAAAGCACUUUUACACUGUUUACCUCCUGUUCAGAAUUAUUAAUAUUCACUGUCGUGUUUUUCAGAAAUUGUGAAAAUGUAGCUACUUUAAAACAAAUGUGGUAAAUUUAUGUUGCUAAUAAUGUGACCAGUUUGAAUUCCUAAAGUAUUAUUCAUUAAAUUCUAUAACUAAAAUCUA